AUGUCUUAUCAGACUUUGCCAAUGCUUGCAAAAAUGAUGCCAGAAGAUAACGAUGUAAGAAGUUUAUCAUUUGGAGUUAGUCAAGUUUACGAAUAUCCGUACUGUUUACGAGAAACGCACCAUAUGUUAUUUUCCACGAAGACCGCAUUUUACGAAUUUAGAAGUCGUUACUCCCGACUCACUACUGUCGAAUGUAUAGGUAGAACUAAUAGGCUUACUAAUUGUAAAGCCGCAGACCGUAGUAGUAAACCAUUUCCGAAGUAUUGCAACAUUGCUAGUGUGUUGAUCAACGUGUGUGAUGAGCAAAACAAUGUAGCUCCCACAUCCCAGACCCAUCCCUCACACCUCCGGCGGUCUCUCCAAUCUGCAGCCAUGCCACAAUCUGGAUGCGAUUUCGGUUCACCCAAUUGA